AUGCAGCUGCUGCUGCCAGGAGAGCCCGCGGAGGGUCUCCUGCCGCUGCUGGGGACGCUGCUGUCGCAGCCCCUCCCGCCGCUGGCCGGCGCGGGCGAGGCCGGCGGCGUGCACGCGGUUGUGUCGGCGCUGCGGCAGCGGGCGUCGGUGCUGCGGUGGUACGCGCUCGCGCUGUUCUCCUGCCGCCGCCGCGACGUGCGCGCGCCGCUGCUCGAGACUCUCUUUGCCGGCGGCGCAGCCGCGGGCGGCGCGGACAGCACGGCGCUAGUCCUAGCUGGCGUUCAGCAGCAGCAGCAGUAUUUGGAAGACGGAGGGGGCGGCGCCGCGGCCGCGGUGCUGUCGGCGGUGGUGGGCGUGGCCGUGGCGGAGCCCAGCAUAAAGGACCUGCCGGCGGAGGAGCUGCGGGUGGCGGAGGAAAUGACGGUCGCUGACGUCAGCGUGAGGGCGCUACUGACGGGGCCGCAGGCGCGCCGCUGCAGCGCCGCACUCGCCGCGCUGAGCUGGCGGGUCAUCGAGCAGCUCGGCCUCGUCACGACCGACGCGACCGGUCAACCCGUGUUUGACUUCAACGCGCUCGCGGCGGCGCUGCACGAGAGGUUCGACGACUACGUCGCGCGCAACGGCGGCCGCGGCGGCGCGGCGGAGGCGGCGGCGACGGCGGCGGUGCGGGCGGCGCUGCGGUAUGCGCAGCAGGUUAAUGCGUAUGCCCUGGUGGCCGGCGCGCAGUACAAGGCCCUGUCAGCGUGGCGCCAGGCGGUCGAGGUGGCGCUGACGUCAGCAUACCCCCUGGUGGAGGCCACCAUGCCGGGGCGGGGGCCGGAGGUGCUGCGGUCGGCGCUGGUCGGCGCGCUGGGGGCGCUGCAGGAGCUGUCCACCCGCCAGUCUGUGCGCCUUUCCGAGGCUCUGGCGGGCUGCCCCAGGGUCAUCCUCUCAAAGCUGCGGGAGCUGGCCUCACUGGGCCUUGGCGCGGGCCUGCCCUCAGACCCCCUGGCACAGGUCCGCCUGCCCGCGCGCUGCCUUGAGGUUCUGCGUCUGCUGCUGGACGUGCUGGGCCGCGCGGCGGGCCUGAGCAGCAAGGCGCUGCGCUGCGAGAUGUACGCGGCGCUGCUGGCCUACCUCCACUUCUGCAGGCGCGUGCCGGGGAAGGCGGGACGGUUUCGAGCAUGGGGGUUUGUAGUGCUGGCGUGA